GCUGGCGCCACAAGCAAUGCUUCUCGCCCUCCCUGUCCUGACUGCCGCGUUGGUGGCGGGCCCGCGCGCCGAGCUGCCCGUGCAUCAGCAGAUGCGGGCAGCCGCAGCACCGCUGCGCGUCUCGACCGCGCGCAUGAUGGCGGACCCUGCGCCGCCGCCCGUGGCGCUCGACGCCGAUAUGAGUGAGAUGGAGCUGGCGGAGCAGGCGGCCAAGCUGGACGCCCUCUCGGAGAAGUGGCGCAAGCGGCAGGCGAGGGAGGAGGACGAGGGCGCACAGCUGGUGGGGUGGAGCAAGGCGGCAGAGAUCACGAAUGGGCGCUUCGCCAUGUUCUUCCUCCCCGUCGGCCUCAUCACCGAGUACUACACCGGCGAGAGCGUCCCGCAGCAGGUGUACACGCUGCUGCAGACGCUUGGCUUUGUCGAGUGAGCAGCAGCGCGUGGUGCAGCGGGUGGGCUGUCGCCGUUGUGAACAGUGAGUUGGACAUGUCAUGUGCUGCCUGGCUUCUCGUGCGCUGUGGGAAUGCUCGGCUGACCAGUGGCGGGGCGGGCCUUGCCGCGCCGCGCUAGCUCCCUAGGCCUAGCUAGCUCCCCCUCGAUGUGAGGAGUGAGCCCUCCGCUCGACCCAGACGGUGCACGGAGCACGGUUUCCCAUCUCCGCACUCCGGGGUGUGGAACACAUGGUGCGUCGGCUGGUGCGGUUUAGACACAGACCAACAAAAA